AUACAGCUAGUCAUGAAACGUUCGUCAAAAACGAACAAAAACGAAAAUGAUUUCAAUUACGCCGUACAAGUGACUCGCGUUAUUUUAAGAGCGAUCGGCGCGUGGCCGAUUCCCAAUUUUGCUUCCAACAUGGAAAGAAUCACAACCCGCUUACAAAACCUCAUUUGCUACUUUUUAUUCGCAUUCAUCAUCAUACCAGGUCUCCUACGGGUGUUCCUAAAAGAACACGAGUUCAAACGAAGAAUUAGAUUGCUUGCCCCUCUUCUGAAUUGUGGGAUGGGUUGGUUGAAAUAUAACUUGCUCGUGAAUCACGCGAGGGAGAUUAAGUCUUGCCUAAAACAGGCGCGACAGGAUUGGAGCAACACAAUCGAUGAGGACAAUCGUAAAAUGAUGCUUUCUACAGCGAAGAUAGGCCGGAGAUUCGCGAUCUUUUCUGCCGCCUUCAUGUACAUCGGCGGACUGUCUUAUCGCACUCUCGUGCCGCUGUCAAAGGGUCGUAUGCUCACGCCGAUGAAUAUCACGGUGAGAGCGCUAGCAUGCCCGAGCUACUUCAUCAAGUUCGACGGUGAAGUUUCGCCGGCGUACGAGAUCGUCUUCACCCUGCAAUUCUUCGCAGGACUGAUCACCUACUCGGUAAGAGUAGGCGCGGCCGGAUUGGCCGCAUUUUUCAUCAUGCACGUUUGUGGACAACUGCGGAUUAUAAUAGGAAAAUUGCAGUAUCUCAACAACAUGCCAAAUCUGAAUGAUCGAGCUGUCGGAAUAUUGUUGGCUGAUAUCGUAGAACAUCAGAUAAAAGUGAAAAGUUUUCUAAAACAAGUAGAGGAAACCAUGCGUUAUGUAUGGUUAGUGGAAUUAAUGGGCUCUGCUGUACUCUUGUGUCUUUCAGGAUACUACAUUAUUAUGGAAUGGGAGAAUAAUAAUUCAACAGCCAUGUUAACAAUGUCUGUGAUGCUUACAUCCUUUACUUUUUCCAUUUUUACCAAUUGCUAUGUCGGUCAACAAUUAACAAAUCAGAGCCUCAAGCUUGGAUUAAUGACGACCACGAUAAAUUGGUAUCAUCUCCAGUACAAAAGAGCCCGUUCUUUAAUCCUGAUAAUGGCAGUUUCUAAUAUUCCGGAGAAAAUCUCGGCAGGCAGAAUGAUAGAAAUGUCUCUACCUACAUUUAGUAACGUAAGUAUGGAAGUUCGUCUACAAAAUUCCAACUUCGAGGACGAUAUUAGAUACACCGUGCAGGUGCAUAGACUGAUUCUGGGACUGAUCGGUGUGUGGCCGUAUUUGGAGAAACCUCGAAAAUGGGCGAGAUUUCUGAGGGGACUCCUCAGGACCAUGUGCUGCUUCCUUCUCUCCUUCAACCUGAUACCGUGGCUGUUGUACAUGAUCCUUAUCAUGGACACUUUCAAGGGUCGACUCAAGAUGCUUGGCGCACUCUUCUUCUACAUCAUGGUACCUGCCAUGUAUUGCGCGCUGAUGUUACGGGAAGAUCGUAUCAAGGAAUGCAUAAGACACGUGCAGGAGGAUUGGCGAAAUGUACGGAAUGCAAACGAUCGCAGAAUCAUGUUGGACAAGGCCAGAGCUGGACGUUUCAUUCUCAUCUCCACUACGCUGUUCCUAUUAACCAGUGGCUUCACUUAUCGUUUGAUUAAGCCAAUAAUGAGCAGCAAGAUCACAAUCGGAAAUGUGACCAUUAGACCACUAGUGCAGGGCAACUACUAUAUUUUCUUCGAUCCGCAGAAGAGCCCCGCUUACGAGAUUGUAUUUUCGAUGCAUUUGGUGACCGGUAUCGUCGUUUAUAUCGUGACAACUAGUGUCUGCGGAAUCACUGCGCUGUUCACCAUGCACGCUUGCGGACAACUUAAGUUGUUGGCCGCUUGGCUGGAAAAUUUGCCGAAAGAAGCUCAAUGGUCGAAAGAAUGCGCCGUUGCUCGAAGAUUGGCGACGAUUGUCAUGCAUCACGUGAGGAUACGUAAAUUUUUACAUCAAAUACAAGGUGUCGUAGGAGAAAUGUGUUUUAUAGAAUUUAUUGGAAGCACUUUGAUACUGUGUCUCUUAGGAUAUUACGUGGUGACGGGAUGGGAACGAAACGAUGCACUAUCCUCUAUGACGUAUGCCAUAAUGCUCGUAUCCUUUACCUUCAAUAUUUUUAUAUUAUGUUAUAUUGGGGAAGUUUUAAAUACUCAGGGGAGUGAAGUAAACACAACUUGUUGUACGAUCGAUUGGUAUUGCUUACCUAGUAAAGAAGCUCGUUAUCUUAUCCUAGUAAUCGCCAUGGCCAGAUAUCCUACGAAGCUCACGGCGGGUAAAGUGAUCAAUCUUAAAGUGAUCAAUCUUUCAUACAGCAGUUUCAGCGCCGUUGUCAGGACAGCGAUGGCGUAUUUGAACCUGCUGCGGACGGUCACUGUGUAAUUACGUCAAAUAUAAGAAAAGUUGUAAUUCGAAAUUUUCAAUAGUAUCCUUGCAAAUUCAAUUUCGUUUUUAGAAAUUUUUUCCCGAAAAGUUUAAUCUUUCCACUUAUAAAAAAUAUAACUUCAAUUAUUAUCUAAAGAAACUAUAAAUAAAAUACAUAUGUAUGGUUACAGAA